GUUUAUUCCCAUGCAUACCUCGGACGCACAAUGUCAUACCCCGAGUUCCACGAACGCCACAGGGCCUUCGCAUUCCACGACACUGACGGCUCCCCAGUAUAUGAGGAUGGGUGGGGAGGGCUCUGCGGCCGCAUCGUGGCGCGAAACGACCUCGCGGCUCUCCGACUCUAUCACGCAUCGCCCAACACGCGGGUAUUCUGGGAGGGAUACGAGGCCCCCUACUGGCACCCCUUCUUUGUGGCGGCCGGUUCCGGCAGCUGGGAGGCUCUUCGCGCCCUCAUCGAGAUCUACUUGACAGAUCCAACGUAUAAGAACCCCGAGCAGCCGCCGCUGGACCAAUACCUGACGCAACUGGACUUCUCGCCCAUCAACGAGGCGUGUGCUGCCGCGAAUCGAGAGAUGGUGCUCUGGCUCCUGCGGCACGAUCCACCGUUGGCGACGCUGCAGGAUCGGGAUGCCCGCGGCCACACGCCGCUGUUCAGCGCGGCGAGCGGGCUUAGGCGAGGGGUGGGCUUUCCCGAGCAUGAGGAGUUCAUUCACUUUUUACUAGACCAGGGGUCUUCGGUUCGGGGGUCGGAUGUUCUCCAUGCUGGACAGGAGGACGAGGAACAGAGACGCGAUGACGAUGACGGCGAUGCUAGUGAGCCAUCGCAGCCUGCGAAAAGACUGCAAGAGACGAUGCUCGGAGCCGCAAUACCGCAUGCUAGCUACCAGUUGACAUCGCGGCUGAUCGCAGAAGACGCAGACGUGCAUGCCCGGCAGAGUUGGUGUGAUCCUACCCUGUGGAUGACUGAUGAGGGUGUCAUUGGACGCAGCAGAGAAGUCACCGCCUUACAUAUCGCCAGCGUGUACAGAAAUCUCGAGGGGAUUCGUGCGCUGGUGGACCAUCGCGGCGAGGGGGUGAGUGUGGCGGAGAUGAUUUCCCGCCAGGACGAUCAGGGCCGGAUUCCCCUCCACUGGGUUUUGAUGGGCACGCCGGACGACAAGCCUCGAAAAGAGAACAAGGAUGAUGACACAGAUGAUGAAAUGGCGCAGGAAGAGAAGAUACCCUCCGAACGGUUGGUUGAGACCGUCAAAUACCUUCUAGCAGUAGACCCUGAGACAAUCAACGCCCGAGACCGGCUGGGGGCCACGGCGUUUCAUUAUACGGUGAGAUCCCGCCACGCGGGACCGGUGAGCGUUCUGGCGGUGGUGGAGAUGUUGCUGGAAGCUGGACCGCUAGCGGCGACUUUGAAGGCUGUCCGCAACGACGAACGCAAGAGAGACACUUUCGAGCCUACAAUUCUACAGGAUGCAGUAGAUGGCCAUGGUAUGCGACUCGGGGAAAUCAACGAUGCGCGGUUCACGCAGUUAAUCGAGAUCUUGCUGGCUCACGGGGCCGAUGCUCGAUUGUGUCUGCAUCGCCUGUGUGCCCACGUUUGGGAUGAGCAAAUUCCACUGGCAAUGCUUGAGCGUCUACUGCAAUCUUCGCCAGACAUAAACGCGACGGAUGCCGAUGGCUGUACAGCGAUGCAUUAUCUCGUUAAAAACAUGGAUCAGGUCGAGGCAGCUAGGUAUCUGAUCAGUUGUGGAGCAGAGGUGGACGUGGCUGACCAGCAGGGGAAUACACCCCUCCAUCAGGUCAUGAAAGGGACACUCAUCCGCAAGCUCGACGAACGUGGACGGCCUGACCCCUCGCAGCCCAAGGAUGCUCCGGUCCGAGCACGAAAGCAAUGGAUCGAAAUGCUGGUGGAGGCAGGAGGCUCGAUGGAUCGACCCAAUGCUUAUGGAAAGACUCCUAAAAGGCUGCUGGAGGAGCUCACAGAGAGGUUGGACCAAAUGCGGAUGGCCGAGGCUACCCAAAUUGGUCGAGGACGUGGACGCGGAGUAAAAGAAGGGGGCAACAGAUGAAUGAACUGGAAUCUGUGGAUAGACAAAAAAGUAUAUUUAGGCGAG